UAAUGGUCAACAAUCAACUUUAACAUCAACAGCUUGUGGUCAUCAUCAUCAUGAUCAAGAUGAUGAUUCAAUGGCCAUUAUCAGGCUAUUUAUCGAGGUCAAACCAGUUCUUCAUUCGCCAAGAUGGAAACCUCGUUUCCAAAGGAAAUUUAUUGAAAUUUUUCUCAUUGAAUCAAUUGCUGUGAAUGAAAUAUUUUAUGAAAUUAAUAUCGAAAAUCUACGUAAUGAUUCAUUUGUUUAUUCAUUAGUUCCUUCACGACAAGAUGAUUCAAAUUCUGAUUCAUUCGUUAAUCAUUUUGCUAUAUUACCAAGUGGUCAUCUUUAUGUUCGCAAAUCAUUAGAUCGUGAGAAAUCUGAUCUAUACAUUUUUAAUAUUAGCAUGUCCAAUGCAGAAUUGUUUGCCAGCAACAACCAUACCACAUCUGUAGAUACGAUGCAAAUGUUGAUUCACAUUAAAGAUGUUAAUGAUAACAAACCAAAAUUUGAUCGUGAUAUCUAUGAAUUUCAAAUUCCAGAGAAUUAUUCACAAAUUUUCUAUAUUGGCCAAGUACAUGCUACGGAUGAUGAUUUGGGUCCCAAUGCCCAGAUUGUAUAUAGUAUUGUCAAUUCAUAUUAUAGUUCAUAUGCAGAAAUUGAUCCUACUAACGGUUUUAUUUGGACCAAUGUUAAUUUUGACCGUGAACAAUUAUCACGUUUCGAGAUCAUAGUGCAAGCUACAGAUCAACCAAUUGAUGAAGAAAGUUUCACAUCGCAAACAAUGGUUCGAAUUGAAAUUCUGGAUAUUAAUGAUAAUCGACCACAAUUUGAAAUGCCUUCGAAUGUCACACUAAUACAUCGAAAUGAUGAAGAUGAUUAUGCUAUAAUGUAUGGUCAGAUGAUUGUUAUUGAAACAGUGGAAAUUGGCACCGUUUUAACUAGAUUUGAAGCUAUCGAUUUAGAUGUCGAUUCUAUUAUCAGCUAUCGAUUAUUAUUCGAAUCAAAUGAUAUGAUGAUUGCCACGAUUAACGAAACAUCAGGUGUAUUAAUUCUUGCGAAACAAUUGGAUCGUGAAAUACGUGAUAAUUAUGCAUUGAUCAUUGAAGCAACGGAUGGUCGAUAUUCAAGCAGAUUUCAUUUAAAAAUUAUUGUUGAAGAUUUUAAUGAUUGCCAACCAGAAUGGAUAAAUUUCACGGGAAAUAUCGUCGAAUUAUUUGUUGCAGAAAAUAUUUCCAUUGGUAGUGAAAUCUUUACAUUCCAAGCCGUUGACCGUGAUUUAGGUUCGAAUGCAUUAUUUCAUUUUGCUAUUGAAAAUCAAUCAGGAACCAAUCAUCACCAGAAAUAUUUUGAUAUUCUUAACGAAAAACUUGUUGUUAUAAAUCGAUUAGAUUAUGAAAAAAAUCGUCAACAUCUACUUAACAUUUCGUUGAUUGAAACAGCAGUGAAUCGUGUUGCUAGCACAAAAUCGAUUCGUAUCAAUGUUUUGGAUAUCAAUGAUUGUCAACCAACUUUUGUACGGCGAACUGAAACUGAAGUAAUUCGUGUCACGGAAAAUAUUGAUAUCGGUAGUAAAUUAUUAUCAUUACAAGCCAAUGAUUGUGAUCAAAAUGAUCGAUUAAGAUUUGAAAUUAUUGCUUGUAAUACACAUUAUCAUACACAUCGCAAUAUUUAUCAAUCGAUCAAUGGUGAUGAUGGUCCGAAUGAUCAUGAAACAGCUCAACAUAAACAUGAUUCAAAUAAUUGUCCAUUAAAAUUAAAUGAAGAAACUGGUGAAAUUAUCAACAUGAAUAAUUUAGAUCGUGAAGUUAUUGAAUCGAUUAAUCUAAGGCUUUUAGUUCGAGAUAAUGUUGGUCAUGUGGAUCGUAUGAAAAUCAUAUUCAUCGUCGAUGAUGUUAAUGAUGAAAGUCCAAUGUUUAUAACACCGAACACGAUUGUUAUCGAUACUAUCGAACAUCAAAGACCAAAUACGAUUAUUGGCGCUGUGAAAGCAAUUGAUCUUGAUCUAGGUGUCAACAGUGCCAUCACAUAUAAACUAGAAUAUUCAUCACAUGGUCAUCUGUUUGAUUUGGACCCGUUUACCGGUGUGUUUAGAAUGAAAACAGUGAUAUCGUCAUCGAUGGAACCAAUCAUUGUAAAUGUUAGUGCUACCGAUGGAGGUGGAUUGAAAAAUUUUGAUCUCAUUGAAUUUAUCGUUAUCGAUUCGAAUCAACCAUGGUUGGAUAUGAUUGAAAUUCGUUUGGAUAUUAAUGAAAAUUUACCGUUAGCAACCGAGAUUUAUCGAUUAGAAUGUCAUGAUCAUCAAUCAUCAUCCAAUGGUGUUGAUGGUUGCCAUUUUUAUCUAAUCAAUUCCACUGAUCGUAAUUUUGAAGUCAACAAAAUGACCGGAAUAAUAACAGCUGUUGAUCUGAUUGAUCGUGAAAUGCUUGCAAAACGAUUAUUGCAAGUAUUAGUUAUUGGACCUAGAUAUCUACAACGGCAAAUGAUUCAUAUUAAUGUACUUGAUCAGAAUGAUAAUCCACCAUAUUUGACAAAUACAUCGAUCAUAGUAGAAUUGUCCGAGACAUUAUCACCUGGUACAGAUGUAUUUGACAUUUCUCAAAUGAUUGCUGAUGAAGAUUUAAAUAAUAAAUUUGAUUUUCAAAUUAUUAAUUGUUCUACUUGUUCAACGAAUGGUGUAUUCGCAUUGAAUCGUAAAACUGGUAUAUUUACAUUACAGUCACCAUUGGAUUGUGAGAAAAUUGAUAAAUAUAAAAUUCUUUUCGGUGUUUCGGAUGGCAUCUAUCUACUUACAUCGUUGAUGGAAUUUCAUAUUAUUGAUGAAAAUGAUAACCAACCAUUUUUCAAUCAAUCCGAUUAUGUAUUUGGCAUAAGGGAAAAUACCGAAAGAGGAACAAUUAUCGGUCAAAUACAAGCCUUUGAUGCCGAUGUAAGCAACAAGAAUCUCAUCUAUUCAAUUGUCAAUGAUCAUGAUGAUGAACAAAUGAAUGAUGUACAAUCAUCAAUAUUUUCAUUAGAUUCACGUAGUGGACAAUUUACUUUAUCAAAAAGGCUUGAUUAUGAAACAGAUCCAAAUGAAUAUCAAUUAAAAGUUAUUGCUAGUGAUGGAAAAUUCAAUUCGAACCCUGUAAGAAUUACAUUCAAAUUGAUCAAUCUUUCAGAUAAUCCACCUGUAUUUGAAUCAUCAAUAUAUCGGAUUGAUAUUUUUGAAAACAAAAUUGCCAAUAAUAUUAUUUGUUUACAAGCAUUUGAUGCCGAUUUGGUUAACCACAACAUCGAACCACCACCGUCACAAGCCAUUGAUGAUAUUAUGAAUAUAACAUAUCAUUUGAUCGAUAAUAAUGAUGGUCAACAAAUACAAAUCGAUCAUAAAACCGGUUGUAUAUCGAUUGUUCGUCCAUUAGAUCGUGAAACGCAAUCAUCAAUCAAUCUAACAGCCAUUGCAACGGAUGGCUAUUCAAAUACAACUGCUAUUGUAUCUGUUCAUAUUCUCGAUGAGAAUGAUAAUUAUCCACGUUUUGAUUUGAAGAAAACAGCACGAAACAUUCGUAUUAUGGAAAAUACAGCUAUCGAUACGGUUAUCUAUACAUUUGAAGCAAUCGAUUUAGAUUCACCACCAAAUAGCUAUGUUCAUUAUGAAUUGAUUGCCAUCGACAACAAUGACACUGCUACGUUGCCAUUUAUAAUUGGUCCAAUCGAUGGUCAAUUGAAAAUAACCAGUCUGAUUGAUCGUGAACAAAUGGAUCAUUAUGAUUUAAUUGUCCGUGCAACUGAUUAUGGUGGACGUUUUAAUGAUCAUCAUUGUCGUAUAGAUAUUGAUGAUCUCAAUGAUAAUUCACCCGUAUUUCCACAACAUUCAUAUGAAUUACGUGUAUAUGAAAAUGUGACGAUUGGUCAUACCGUAUUCCAACUUGAUGCACAAGAUGCUGAUCCAACUGAUGAUAUUAAUUAUAAAAUAAUUUCCGGUGAUCCAUUUGGUCAUUUUCAAAUUGAUGAUGAUCAAAUCAUUGUUGACACUUGGUUGAAUUAUGAAGAAAUCAAUGAAUAUCAGCUGAAAGUGAAUGCAAUCGAUCGUGCAGGCAAUAUUGAUACGGCAAACAUUAGAAUAAACAUAAUGAACGUAUUAGAUGAGAAACCUUGGUUUGCUGAAUCACGUUAUGAAGUAAAUUGGUUUGAAAAUCAAACAGGCGUUAUUGGGCAAUUUACAGCCAUUGUUCGAAAGAUUCGUGCCAAUGAUAUGAAACGACCACAUUUACGAUCAUUGUCAUCAAUGAAUCAUAUUAAUUACUUGUUAAUGAACAAUUAUAAUGACUGUUUUCAUCUAAAUUCAUCAAAUGCCACUUUAUCGAUCCAAAGACCAAUCGAUCGUGAACAUUUACAGCAACAACAACGAUCCAACGUUAUUGAAUUGAAAGUGAUGGCCAUUGAUUCAUUAUCAAGGCUUUCAAAUAUGGCUAAAAUUGCCAUAAAAAUUAUCGAUAUCAAUGAUAAUGUUCCCGAAUUUAUUCGUGGCCCAAGGGUUUUUCAUUUACAAGAAAAUCAUCAAUAUGAUUCAAAUACUUCAAUUGGCUGGAUACAAGCUAAAGAUCCGGAUGAAGCAGAUAUUAUUGAAUAUCAGUUAUUACAACCAAUUAAUGAUAGAUUCACUAUCGAUUCAAAUGGUAUGAUACGAUUACAAUCAUCGUGGAGAUUUGAUCGUGAACAACAAUCUGAAUAUCCAAUACAAGUAAUCGUUUCGGAUUCAAAACAUUCGAUCAGUACAAAUGUAUCGAUUAUUAUUGAUGAUCAAAAUGAUUGUUCACCACAAAUCAUUAGAAUAAAUGGCAUUCCAGUCACCAAUACAAUGUUGAAAUUACAAAUUCCAGUGAAAAAAUUACAAUCAAUUUUCCAACAUAAAUUCCCUUUGAUUGGUAUCGAAGUUUUCGAUUGUGAUGAAGGCGUCAAUGGUCUUGUACAGAUACGAAUCGAUGAUGAUAGUCUUUACAAUGUACUACAAGUAGAUGAUCAAACUGGUGUAAUUAAAACAGAUGGCCGUAAUCUUAAUGAAGAAAUGUUAAUGCAAAUCAAUCAAAUGGAUUUAAUAAUAACCGAUCAAUCGGAUAUGAAUAAAUUAUCUACCGAAUAUUCUAUUGAAUUUGAUUGGGUCGACAAUGAUCGAUAUCGUGAAACAGAAUUAAUAAUUGGAAAAAAUUUUAUUGAAUUAUUUAUAUCGGAAACUAACGUUGUGAAUGAAAGUCUUUAUCGAUUUGAAUCCAACAUUGAUUCAUUAUCAAUUGAAAUCUAUGCUGGUGAUUUAUACAAUCAUUUCACUAUUGUAAAUAAAUCAUUGAUUAACAUCAGACCAUUGGAUUAUGAAUCGAUCAAAUCAUAUGAUCUCUAUAUACAAGCCACUACCACCACCGACAACAACGAUCAAUAUCAAUUCAUAUUCAUACGUUUGAAUGUUAAAAACGAAAAUGAUAAUCCACCUUCAUUCAUUCAACCAAUGUAUAAUGUUUCAAUACCAGAAGAAGAAUCGGAAAUAUUUGUACAACAAGUUUGGGCAAAUGAUUGUGAUUCAUUGGAUACUCACGUUCAUUAUUCAAUCAUUGAAGAUAAUUUACCAUUUAAAAUUGAUUCGAAUACUGGCAAUAUAUUCACUACAGAUAAAAUUGAUCGUGAAUUGAAUGAUCAUUUCAAAUUGACAAUUCGAGCUACUGAUAAUGAUGGUUUACAAAGUAUAGCUACAGUAAUGGUAAACAUUGAAGAUAAAAAUGAUAAUCCACCACGUUUUACACAUUUAUUACGGACAAAUAUUAGUGAACAAACACCAAUCGGUAGUUUUAUUAUUCAAGUACAAAGUAUUGAUAAAGAUUUGGGUAAUAAUUCAUUGGUAACAUAUAAUCUAUUGACUGAUACGCGAACAUUUCGAAUCGAUUCGUCCGAUGGAAAAAUCUAUUUAAUCGAUAGAUUAGAUCGUGAAACAAAAGAACAAUAUUUUCUAACCGUUACUGCUGAUGAUGGUAGUUGGAAAUCACAAACAACGGUUACCAUUUAUGUUUUGGAUGAAAAUGAUUGUCGUCCAGAAUUUGACCAAUCGAUUUAUGAAUUCAAUGUGGCUUUUGAUCGGUUAGCUGUAAAUCAUACGAUCGGUAAAGUUCAAGCGAUUGAUAAUGAUAAAUCCUACAAUGGUUUAGUAACAUAUCGUCUGAAAGAACGGUCCAAACAUUUUGCAAUCGAUGCAAAAACCGGGGAAAUUGUUGUAAGACAAAUACCGAAAUUAUAUGAAACCGAAAUGUCAUUUUUAAAUCGUCAUACAUUGACUGUAAUCGCUACCGAUUCAGGACAACGACCAAAUUCGAAUCAAGCAACUAUUUUGAUUCGUUAUUAUUCGAAUGUCGAUAAAAAUAAUGAUCAUCGUGUGAUUCAGAUUCCUAUUGAUCUAAGAAACGGAACUUUAUUGUAUACAUCGAAUGCAAUGAUUCGAUUAGCUGAUGAUCAUCGAAGUUCUCGAAUUUUUCGUACCCACUAUAAUCAACUUUUAUUCAAUGGUGAAUCAUUGUCGAAAUCAACACUGUUUAUCCGAUUCUUAUCGAUAAUUCCAUACGAACAAUUUACAUUCAAUCUAUCAACAAUUGGCUCAAAUCAAUUUGCACCCAUUUUCACCGCCAUCAACAAUAAUAAUUCAACAACCAUUUCUGAACGAAUUGUUCAAGCAGAUCAUCUUAUUUAUCGCUUCAAAGCUAAUGAUGCGGAUAUGCCUAAUGAUUCGGUUAAUAGCCAGAUUCAUUAUACAUUCAAUGUGAGCAAAUUGUAUUGGAAUAAAAAUCUCGAUGAUUAUUUAACCAUCAACUAUAAGGAUUCAUAUGGCAAUCUAUUCAAAAAGAAUCUAAGUUCAUUUGAAAUUAUUGAUCAAAUUGAGGAAUUAGCCGAUAUUAAGAUGCCAUUCAUAAUGAAUGAAACAACCGGGGAAUUAAAACUUCAUCAUUAUGUGGAUUAUGAAAUUAUUACCGGUUAUUCAUUGAUGAUUACAGCAAAGGAUCGAGCAUGGUAUCCGAAACAAACAUCAAUACCAUUUAAUGUAUGGAUCGAUGAUAUUGAUGAUUUUAUUGGUUACAAUCUGAUAGAUUCGGACAAAUUAUAUCAUGCAUCAUCACCGAAACCCGAUCCAAUGUCAAUCGGUGUCAUGGUUGUUAUAUUCUUUUUUGUCAUCCUAAUCUUGGUUAUAUCGACCAGUUUUCUUGUCUAUCAUAAUCAACGUAAAAGACUUUUAUCGGAAACACGAAAAAUUUCCGGAACAAGUGUCUGCAGUUCUACUUUACGUCCUUAUGAUGUUCAUUGUCAAUUCUCUAAUGAUAUGGUACAACGAUUGCAACAACAACAACAACAACAAACGCAACAACAACAGGAAAUAAUCAAUAGUAUUGCUGCGGCAGCAGCUGUAAAUCAUCGAUCACAACCUCCUCAGCAGCACAUUCGUUUGAAUUCGAAUUUAUCUCAGUCAUCACAAUCUCAAGUAACACCACCUCUUGUCGGCAUUCAACACUGCCUUUCUUCAUCACAACAAAUGCCACCCGUUUCUGUCGGUGUCAAUAAUCCACGAAAUUCAAUUCGUAAAACUGCUCAACAACAGCAUCGUUCAAUACCACCUGUUGGUCAACAACACGUAUCAUCAACAUCACUUAUGCAAAUGGCUAUGACUACUAAACCGGAUAUUGUAACAGCACCAAUGCCUGCCGCUCCUUCUCUUCCUCCUCCACCACCACCACUGCCACCGGUAAUAAAUUCGAAUCCAAAUGUUCAUCUUAUGAAUUCUCAGCCACCGACCGUAGUAUCUUCGAUUUAUACACAUUCAAAUUCGGAAAAUUAUACGGAUAAUUACAGUAAUAUUUUAGCUAGUGCCGAACAUUAUGAUCUGGAAAAUGCAUCAUCAAUAGCACCAUCAGAUAUCGAUAUUGUUUAUCAUUAUAAAGGAUAUCGUAAUCGUGAUCGUAUUGGUAACAUACAUCACAUAAAUAGUGGUGGUAGUCAAACAUCGAAAGGACAUCAUCAUGCACCAUUAUCACGAUUAAGUCCCAGCGUUAGUGAAUUAUCUUCAGCCCAUCCUCAUAUCCUCACUCUGCACGAUUUACGUGAAUCUCAAGCUACUGGAUCGGUAGCUAUACCACCACCACAACCGCCCAUAAUGAAUCACCGGAUACAACAACAACAACCACUACCACCACAAUCAUCAAAUAAUAAUAAAUCCAGAAUGAUUGACGAUGAAAUUGAAAAUAAUUCUUAUGGUGCCUAUUCUGUUUAUACAGGUGUUGGCGGUGAUUCUACCAACGGUGGAUGGUGAAAUGUGUGUUUGUAUAUGGAUAAUCUAGUCAACAAUUUUUGUAAAUUUUUUUGUCCACAUCUUAAAUGUAAAUAAUCUGAUAAAAAAAUUGACCAUUAUAUUAUUUAGAAAAUUCCAAGAGCUUCAAACUACUACUAUUACUGCUAAUUAGGUUUUGUUUCCUGUACACCUACAUUGUCUAUAUGUGCCAAUUAUCAUUAUCCACAUUUAUUUAUGUCUUUUUUUUUUUUUUUCUGUGAAUUUGUUUUUCUCCCAUCAUUUGU